GUGUGGGAGGACUGGUGGCUGUCUUUGCAGGCAGGCAUUUGCUUAGAGCAGGCUGUGUGCGAGCCCAGCGUCAAGUGAUUCCGGCCUCCUCGAGUCAGCCGUGGUGGGAUGAGGCUCUGCCGAGGGGACUGGCUGUGAAGGAUGAGUUCAGGGUGGGAUGACGGACCGCUUCUGGGACCAGUGGUAUCUCUGGUAUCUCCGCUUGCUCCGGCUGCUGGAUCGAGGGUCUUUUCGGAAUGAUGGUUUGAAAGCUUCUGAUGUCCUUCCUAUUCUAAAGGAAAAAGUGGCCUUCGUGUCUGGGGGUCGUGAUAAGCGAGGCGGACCCAUCCUGACCUUCCCUGCUCGCAGCAAUCAUGACAGAAUAAGACAGGAAGACCUGCGGAAACUAGUGACGUAUUUGGCCAGCGUGCCAAGUGAGGACGUGUGCAAACGUGGCUUCACUGUCAUCAUCGACAUGCGGGGCUCCAAGUGGGACCUCAUCAAGCCCCUCCUCAAAACGCUGCAGGAAGCCUUUCCAGCUGAGAUCCAUGUGGCCCUCAUCAUUAAACCUGACAACUUCUGGCAGAAACAGAAGACCAACUUUGGCAGCUCUAAAUUCAUCUUUGAGACGAGCAUGGUAUCUGUGGAGGGCCUCACGAAACUGGUGGACCCCUCCCAGCUGACGGAGGAGUUUGACGGCUCCCUGGACUACAACCACGAGGAGUGGAUCGAACUGCGGCUCUCCCUGGAGGAGUUCUUCAACAGCGCCGUGCACCUGCUCUCACGCCUCGAGGACCUCCAGGAGAUGCUAGCCCGGAAGGAGUUUCCCGUGGAUGUGGAGGGCUCUCGGCGGCUUAUUGAUGAGCACACACAGCUCAAGAAAAAGGUGCUGAAGGCCCCUGUGGAGGAGCUGGACCGAGAGGGGCAGCGGCUGCUGCAGUGCAUCCGCUGCAGCGACGGCUUCUCAGGACGCAACUGCAUCCCGGGCAGUGCUGACUUCCAGAGCCUGGUGCCCAAGAUCACCAGCCUCCUGGACAAACUGCACUCCACCCGGCAGCACCUGCACCAGAUGUGGCACGUGCGCAAGCUCAAGCUGGACCAGUGCUUUCAGCUGCGGCUCUUUGAGCAGGAUGCUGAGAAGAUGUUCGACUGGAUAAGCCACAACAAGGAGUUAUUCCUACAGAGCCACACGGAGAUCGGAGUCAGCUACCAGUACGCCCUCGACCUCCAGACGCAGCACAAUCACUUUGCCAUGAACUCUAUGAACGCCUACGUCAACAUCAACCGCAUCAUGUCCGUGGCUUCCCGCCUCUCCGAGGCCGGCCACUAUGCCUCACAGCAAAUCAAGCAGAUCUCUACCCAGCUGGACCAGGAGUGGAAGAGCUUCGCCGCUGCCCUGGAUGAACGCAGCACCAUCCUCGCCAUGUCUGCUGUGUUCCACCAGAAGGCUGAACAGUUCCUGUCGGGAGUGGACGCCUGGUGCAAGAUGUGCAGCGAAGGUGGUCUGCCGUCCGAGAUGCAGGACCUAGAGCUGGCAAUCCACCACCACCAGACCUUGUAUGAGCAGGUGACCCAAGCCUACACAGAGGUCAGCCAGGAUGGCAAAGCACUGCUAGAUGUACUACAGCGGCCCCUGAGCCCUGGGAACUCAGAAUCCCUCACGGCCACAGCCAACUACUCCAAGGCAGUGCACCAAGUGCUGGACGUGGUGCACGAGGUGUUACAUCACCAGCGACGGCUGGAGAGCAUCUGGCAGCACCGCAAGGUGCGGCUCCACCAGCGGCUGCAGCUCUGUGUCUUCCAGCAGGACGUACAGCAGGUGUUGGACUGGAUUGAAAACCAUGGUGAGGCCUUUCUCAGCAAACACACUGGAGUUGGAAAGUCCCUACAUCGAGCCCGGGCCCUGCAGAAGAGGCACGAUGACUUUGAAGAGGUGGCUCAGAAUACGUACACCAAUGCGGACAAGCUCCUAGAAGCAGCGGAGCAGUUGGCUCAGACGGGGGAAUGUGACCCGGAGGAGAUCUACAAGGCAGCUCGACACCUGGAGGUGCGCAUCCAAGACUUCGUGCGCAGGGUGGAGCAGCGGAAGCUUCUCCUGGACAUGUCUGUCUCCUUCCACACACACACCAAAGAGUUGUGGACAUGGAUGGAAGACCUUCAGAAGGAGAUGUUGGAGGAUGUCUGUGCAGACUCUGUGGAUGCAGUCCAGGAACUGAUCAAGCAGUUCCAGCAGCAGCAGACCGCCACUCUAGAUGCCACGCUCAAUGUCAUCAAGGAAGGCGAAGACCUUAUCCAGCAGCUCAGGUCAGCGCCUCCCUCCCUGGGGGAGCCCAGCGACGCCAGGGACUCAGCUGUGUCCAACAACAAAACACCCCACGGCAGUUCUAUCAGCCACAUCGAGUCGGUCCUUCAGCAGCUUGAUGAUGCCCAGGUGCAGAUGGAGGAGCUGUUCCAUGAGCGGAAGAUCAAGCUGGACAUCUUCCUGCAACUGCGCAUCUUUGAGCAGUACACCAUCGAGGUGACAGCAGAGCUAGACGCCUGGAAUGAAGACUUGCUUCGGCAGAUGAAUGACUUCAACACAGAGGACCUAACCCUGGCAGAACAGCGGCUGCAGCGCCACACAGAACGGAAGCUAGCCAUGAACAACAUGACUUUUGAGGUCAUCCAGCAGGGACAGGAUCUGCACCAGUACAUCAUGGAGGUCCAGGCAUCAGGAAUUGAGUUGAUCUGUGAAAAAGACAUUGAUCUGGCAGCCCAGGUGCAAGAGUUAUUGGAAUUUCUCCAUGAGAAGCAGCAUGAAUUGGAGCUCAAUGCGGAGCAGACUCAUAAGCGGCUAGAGCAGUGCCUCCAGUUACGGCACCUCCAGGCUGAAGUCAAACAGGUCCUGGGAUGGAUCCGCAAUGGAGAGUCAAUGCUCAACGCCAGCCUGGUCAAUGCCAGCUCUUUGUCCGAAGCAGAGCAGCUGCAGCGGGAGCACGAGCAGUUCCAGCUGGCCAUCGAGUCCCUCUUUCAUGCCACUUCCUUGCAGAAGACGCACCAGAGUGCCCUGCAGGUACAGCAGAAAGCCGAGGUGCUGCUCCAGGCCGGCCACUACGAUGCCGAUGCCAUCCGGGAAUGUGCUGAGAAGGUGGCCCUCCACUGGCAGCAGCUCAUGCUGAAGAUGGAAGACCGGCUAAAACUGGUCAAUGCCUCUGUGGCCUUUUACAAAACUUCUGAACAGGUAUGUAGUGUCCUGGAGAGCUUAGAGCAAGAAUACCGGAGAGAUGAGGACUGGUGUGGUGGACGAGAUAAGCUGGGGCCAGCGGCAGAGAUCGACCAUGUCAUUCCACUCAUCAGCAAACAUUUGGAACAAAAGGAGGCCUUUCUUAAGGCAUGCACCCUAGCUCGGCGGAAUGCUGAGGUGUUUCUCAAGUACAUCCACAGGAACAACGUCAGCAUGCCCAGUGUCGCCAGCCACACUCGGGGACCCGAGCAACAAGUGAAAGCCAUCCUGAGUGAGCUCCUGCAGAGGGAGAAUCGCGUGCUGCAUUUCUGGACCUUGAAGAAGCGGCGGUUAGACCAGUGCCAGCAAUAUGUGGUGUUCGAGCGCAGCGCUAAGCAGGCGCUUGACUGGAUCCAAGAAACAGGUGAAUUUUACCUCUCAACACAUACCUCCACUGGAGAGACCACAGAGGAGACUCAGGAACUGCUGAAAGAAUAUGGGGAAUUCAGGGUGCCUGCCAAGCAAACAAAGGAGAAGGUGAAGCUUCUGAUUCAGCUGGCUGAUAGCUUUGUGGAAAAAGGCCACAUUCAUGCCACGGAGAUAAGGAAAUGGGUGACCACGGUGGACAAGCACUACAGAGAUUUCUCCCUGAGGAUGGGGAAGUACCGGUACUCCCUGGAGAAAGCCCUAGGAGUCAACACAGAGGAUAAUAAGGACCUGGAGCUGGAUAUUAUCCCAGCAAGCCUUUCGGAUCGGGAGGUCAAGCUGCGGGACGCCAACCACGAAGUCAAUGAAGAGAAGCGGAAGUCAGCCCGGAAGAAAGAAUUUAUUAUGGCUGAACUACUCCAGACAGAGAAGGCUUAUGUAAGGGAUUUACAUGAGUGCUUAGAGACCUACCUGUGGGAAAUGACCAGUGGUGUGGAGGAGAUCCCCCCUGGGAUCCUCAAUAAAGAGCAUAUCAUCUUUGGCAACAUCCAAGAGAUCUACGAUUUCCAUAACAACAUCUUCCUCAAAGAGCUGGAGAAGUACGAGCAACUGCCUGAGGAUGUGGGACACUGCUUUGUUACCUGGGCAGACAAAUUUCAGAUGUAUGUCACCUACUGUAAAAACAAGCCUGAUUCCAACCAGCUUAUCCUGGAGCAUGCGGGCACCUUCUUUGAUGAGAUACAGCAACGGCAUGGUCUGGCCAAUUCCAUCUCUUCCUACCUAAUUAAGCCUGUCCAAAGGAUCACCAAAUAUCAACUUCUCCUGAAGGAACUUUUGACUUGCUGUGAAGAAGGGAAAGGGGAGCUCAAGGAUGGCCUGGAAGUGAUGCUCAGUGUCCCAAAGAAAGCCAAUGAUGCCAUGCAUGUCAGCAUGCUGGAAGGGUUCGACGAGAACCUGGAUGUGCAGGGGGAGUUGAUUCUCCAGGAUGCCUUUCAAGUGUGGGACCCGAAGUCGCUGAUCCGGAAGGGGCGGGAGCGGCACUUGUUCCUCUUUGAGAUCUCCUUGGUUUUUAGCAAGGAAAUCAAAGACUCUUCAGGACACACGAAAUAUGUUUACAAGAACAAGCUACUGACCUCAGAGCUGGGUGUGACCGAGCACGUGGAGGGCGAUCCCUGCAAAUUCGCCUUGUGGUCUGGGCGCACCCCAUCCUCAGACAAUAAAACAGUGCUGAAAGCUUCCAACAUCGAAACCAAGCAGGAGUGGAUCAAGAACAUUCGAGAAGUGAUUCAAGAAAGGAUCAUUCACCUGAAAGGAGCUUUAAAGGAGCCACUUCAGCUCCCCAAAACACCAGCCAAACAGAGGAACAAUAGUAAGAGGGAUGGAGUGGAGGAUAUUGACAGCCAGGGGGAUGGGAGCAGCCAACCAGACACCAUCUCCAUUGCUUCUAGGACCUCUCAGAACACAGUGGACAGUGACAAGCUCUCUGGCGGAUGUGAGCUGACAGUAGUCCUCCAGGACUUCAGUGCGGGCCACAGCAGCGAGCUGACCAUCCAGGUGGGGCAGACGGUGGAGCUGCUGGAGCGGCCCAGCGAGCGGCCUGGUUGGUGUCUGGUCCGCACCACAGAACGGAGCCCGCCCCUGGAGGGCCUGGUCCCCAGCAGCGCCCUGUGCAUCUCACACUCCCGAAGCAGCGUGGAGAUGGACUGCUUCUUCCCCUUGGUGAAAGAUGCAUACUCUCAUUCCUCAAGUGAGAAUGGAGGCAAGUCCGAGUCCGUGGCCAACCUGCAGGCCCAGCCCUCCCUGAACUCCAUCCAUAGUUCCCCGGGUCCCAAGCGCUCCACCAACACCCUUAAGAAGUGGCUGACGAGUCCUGUGCGUCGGCUCAACAGCGGGAAAGCAGAUGGAAACAUCAAAAAGCAGAAGAAAGUUCGGGAUGGUCGGAAGAGCUUUGACCUGGGAUCUCCCAAGCCUGGGGAUGAGACAACCCCUCAGGGUGACAGCGCUGAUGAGAAGAGCAAGAAAGGUUGGGGUGAAGAUGAGCCAGAUGAAGAGUCACACACACCCCUCCCACCGCCUAUGAAGAUUUUUGACAACGACCCUACACAGGAUGAAAUGUCCUCCUCUUUGCUAGCAGCCCGGCAGGCUUCCACUGAAGUACCUACUGCUGCAGACCUUGUCAGUGCAAUAGAAAAGUUGGUCAAAAACAAGCUGAGUCUAGAAGGAGGCUCAUACCGGGGGAGCUUGAAAGACCCUGCGGGCUGCCUGAAUGAGGGGAUGGCCCCACCCACACCUCCUAGAAACCCAGAAGAAGAACAGAAAGCCAAGGCCCUGAGAGGCAGGAUGUUUGUCCUGAAUGAGCUGGUACAGACAGAGAAAGACUAUGUCAAGGAUCUGGGCAUUGUGGUGGAGGGCUUCAUGAAGAGAAUAGAAGAAAAGGGUGUCCCUGAGGAUAUGCGAGGAAAGGACAAAAUCGUGUUUGGAAAUAUUCAUCAGAUUUAUGACUGGCAUAAGGAUUUUUUCCUGGCGGAACUGGAAAAGUGUAUCCAGGAGCAAGACAGAUUGGCACAGCUCUUUAUUAAGCAUGAACGGAAACUGCACAUCUACGUGUGGUACUGUCAGAAUAAGCCACGCUCAGAGUACAUCGUUGCUGAGUAUGACACCUACUUUGAGGAGGUAAAACAGGAGAUAAAUCAGAGGCUGACACUGAGUGACUUCCUCAUCAAGCCCAUUCAGAGAAUAACAAAAUACCAGUUGCUCCUCAAGGACUUCCUGAGAUACAGUGAGAAGGCUGGUUUGGAGUGCUCAGAUAUCGAGAAAGCAGUGGAGUUAAUGUGCCUUGUUCCCAAACGUUGCAAUGACAUGAUGAAUCUAGGACGUCUGCAAGGCUUCGAGGGCACCCUGACUGCUCAGGGGAAGCUGCUACAGCAGGACACAUUCUAUGUGAUUGAGCUGGAUGCAGGCAUGCAGUCCCGGACCAAAGAGAGGCGCGUGUUCCUCUUCGAGCAGAUUGUCAUCUUCAGUGAACUGCUCAGGAAGGGAUCCCUCACCCCUGGCUACAUGUUCAAAAGGAGUAUCAAGAUGAAUUACUUGGUCCUGGAGGAGAAUGUGGACAAUGAUCCCUGCAAGUUUGCACUCAUGAACAGAGAGACUUCUGAGAGGGUCAUUCUGCAAGCCGCCAACGCUGACAUCCAGCAGGCCUGGGUGCAGGACAUCAAUCAAGUCUUAGAAACACAGCGAGACUUUUUGAAUGCUCUGCAAUCACCCAUUGAGUAUCAGCGGAAAGAAAGAAGCACAGCCGUGAUGAGGUCUCAACCUGCCAGGCUUCCCCAAGCCAGCCCCAGGCCCUACUCCUCUGUUCCUGUGGGCUCAGAGAAGCCCCCAAAGGGCUCCAGCUAUAACCCACCUCUGCCUCCCCUGAAGAUAUCUACCUCCAAUGGCAGUCCAGGGUUUGAAUACCACCAGUCUGGGGACAAGUUCGAAGCCAGCAAGCAGAACGACCUGGGAGGCUGCAAUGGGACCUCGUCCAUGGCCGUGAUCAAAGAUUACUACGCACUGAAGGAGAAUGAAAUCUGUGUGAGUCAAGGUGAGGUGGUCCAGGUCCUCACCGUCAACCAGCAGAACAUGUGUCUGGUGUACCAGCCUGCCAGCGACCAUUCCCCCGCCGCCGAGGGCUGGGUCCCAGGCAGCAUCCUGGCGCCCCUCACCAAAGCCACAGCAGCAGAAAGUAGUGACGGGAGCAUCAAGAAGUCAUGUUCAUGGCAUACUCUACGCAUGAGAAAGCGGGCGGAAGUGGAGAACACGGGUAAAAAUGAAGCCACAGGGUCUCGUAAACCCAAGGAUAUUCUGGGCAACAAAGUCUCUGUUAAAGAGACGAACAGUUCCGAGGAAUCAGAGUGUGAUGAUCUUGACCCUAAUACUAGCAUGGAGAUCUUAAAUCCAAAUUUCAUCCAAGAAGUGGCCCCAGAAUUCCUUGUGCCCUUGGUGGAUGUCACCUGCUUGCUUGGGGACACAGUGGUACUGCAGUGCAAAGUCUGUGGGCGGCCAAAGCCCACCAUCACUUGGAAGGGUCCAGACCAGAACAUCCUUGACACUGACAACAGCUCAGCCACAUACACCGUCUCCUCUUGUGAUUCUGGAGAAAUCACCCUGAAGAUCUGUAAUCUGAUGCCUCAAGACAGCGGGAUUUAUACCUGCAUAGCAACAAAUGACCACGGGACCACAUCGACGUCCGCGACAGUCAAAGUGCAAGGUGUUCCAGCAGCCCCUAACCGCCCCAUUGCCCAGGAGAGAAGCUGCACCUCUGUGAUUCUCCGUUGGCUGCCCCCGUCUAGCACAGGAAACUGCACGAUUUCCGGUUACACUGUGGAGUACAGAGAGGAAGGUUCUCAGAUCUGGCAGCAGUCGGUGGCUUCGACCUUGGACACUUACCUCGUCAUCGAAGACCUUAGUCCCGGGUGUCCUUAUCAGUUCAGAGUCAGUGCCAGUAACCCCUGGGGAAUCAGCCUUCCCAGCGAGCCCUCGGAGUUUGUGCGACUUCCAGAAUAUGAUGCUGCUGCUGAUGGUGCCACCAUUUCUUGGAAGGAAAAUUUUGACUCAGCUUACACUGAGUUGAAUGAAAUUGGAAGAGGCCGUUUCUCUAUAGUAAAGAAAUGCAUUCACAAAGCUACCCGCAAAGAUGUGGCUGUGAAAUUUGUUAGUAAAAAAAUGAAGAAGAAAGAACAGGCUGCCCACGAGGCUGCCCUGCUUCAGCACCUACAGCACCCUCAGUACAUCACUCUCCAUGACACCUAUGAGUCCCCCACGUCCUACAUCCUGAUCUUGGAACUGAUGGAUGAUGGCCGCCUCUUAGACUACCUUAUGAAUCAUGAUGAACUGAUGGAGGAAAAAGUAGCUUUCUAUAUUCGAGACAUCAUGGAGGCUCUGCAGUACCUUCACAACUGCAGGGUUGCACAUUUGGACAUAAAGCCUGAAAACCUGCUCAUUGACCUACGGAUUCCAGUGCCUCGAGUGAAGCUCAUCGACUUGGAGGAUGCUGUCCAGAUUUCGGGUCACUUCCACAUUCACCACCUGCUGGGGAACCCUGAGUUUGCUGCCCCAGAAGUCAUCCAAGGCAUCCCCGUCUCCCUGGGGACAGACAUCUGGAGCAUCGGGGUUCUGACAUAUGUCAUGCUGAGUGGGGUCUCCCCCUUCUUGGAUGAGAGCAAAGAGGAGACAUGUAUCAAUGUAUGCAGGGUGGAUUUCAGCUUCCCCCAUGAAUACUUCUGUGGUGUGAGCAACGCUGCCAGAGAUUUCAUCAAUGUGAUCUUACAGGAGGACUUUCGGAGGCGGCCCACGGCAGCCACAUGCUUACAGCAUCCAUGGCUGCAGCCCCAUAAUGGCAGCUACUCUAAGAUCCCCCUGGACACCUCCCGCCUAGCAUGCUUCAUAGAACGCCGCAAACACCAGAAUGAUGUGCGGCCUAUUCCCAAUGUCAAGAGCUACAUUGUCAACCGGGUGAACCAAGGGACGUAGCCAUCUCCCAGCCCCUAUGGUUUCACAUAGAAGUGCAGUGUGAACCAAAGCAAGACUGAAUGUGAUUGUAAAUAAUUCUGUUCAUCAUUUCACUCCGUGCAGUUCUCUGAAUUGAGAGAUGUACCUCUUAAACCUCAUCAGUGGUUAUUCAGGGUCUGAGCAGCAGUAAAAGUCACCCUAAAUCCAGGGGCUUUCCAGAAGGUCAUUCUGAAGAAAUAAAGAGGCAAAGAGUCACAGAAGUGUUCAGAAGAAGGACAAAGAUGAGAACAAUAUUGGCUGUUAUGAAAUUUUAACUGUAUCUUCCAAAAUGAGUGGUUAACUGGGCAAACCGUAAGCUCACAAGAGUGUAAAAGUUCUCUGGCUUUGCUGAAAUUUUAAGCAAAAAGUUCUAUUUAAUGGAGAUGUCAUGUAUAUCAACUAUUCUGGUUUAGAUAACUUAGAUAUAGUUUCUUAAUAGGAUAGAUAUACACAUACAGUAUAAUAUAUCCCAUUCAGGUUUCAGAGUUUUCUAAUAUAGAGAUAUAUAUAUAUUAAAUCAAACACAAGUAACUUUGAGUGCUCCAGUUAAGACAGUAAUUUAUUUAUCGAAGCAUUACAUUGUUUUGACUAAGCACAAUUAGAUGACAAGUUUUGUAGAGCAUUUUAUAAAUCUUGUAUAGAAAUCUUUUACCAGAACCUGUGCAUUAAGAGAAAGCAACAUUGCCCUUUUGAAUGAGAUAAUUUUUUCUGUCAAUCACAGGUUAUUUGAUUAAGAUAGGUUCUUUCUGUAUAUGAAAUGCUACCCGCAAAUUCACUGGCAGCUCAGAGUUAAUCUGGCAAGAAAGCCCGCCAGGAAAUAAGUUCAAAUACACUAUGAGCUGCGGGGGUAUUUUUGUGUCUACACCAGGUUUGAAAUAAAUAAACAAAUAUAAGAGGUUCAUACAAAAGGGCAAAUGAAAACCUUUCCUACAGUUCCUAUGAACAACGUACCAACACUUUCUGAUUUCUUCUACGGCUGUAGAAUACCAUCUUUCAGAAAGUUGGCUGACUUUAUUUCUAACUCCUUAUUGAAGCUAAGGGGUGCUUACUAAAAGGAGGCAGCCAUAUAGGCCUUUUAAAGGCCUGGUCCUAAGUCCUUUUUAAAGCCAUGGAACAAAACCUGAUAAACCACCCUAACAGAGCAUUAAGUUGUAACUGAGAUUGCAAUACCUGUCACCACUCAGCCGCUGAUAGUUCUCUGAACCAAAAGGACUAAUUGUGCUUUGAGGCCAAUCCUGCUUUCUGGUGUAUAUUCUCCAUAAAAGAUUAUUAUUAACUGCUCUUUUUCACUCUGGUGGAAAAAAAAAUUAAACCUGGGCAUUUCAUGGGUUUUCUUUCUUUAUUGUUGUUCGUUUGUUUUGGAGGGAGGGAGUUUGUUUUUUGUGUUUGUACAUGAUCCACCCUUAGUUUUCUAGAAUAUGUGUUGAAAAUAGAUAUUAUUAUGCAAGUAAGAUUUUAAAAAUGUAACUCAAGUGUUUGUUCAAAUCAGGUUUAACGGCGUUGCUUCUCUCCUAUAAUGGGAUAGAGAAAAUUAAAAUCACACAGUACAGAAGUGCAAGAAGAGAAUAUAUGAAGGACGAAUAGAACUACAAACCUAUCUAAAUGAAAAAGAAAUGGUGGAAACUAAGCCUGAACUUUACAUAUAAAAAGCAUUAUUCCCACAGUGGAAAUGUAAAAUUAAAAAUCAUCAUCAUUUUUUUUCCA